AUGGAGAAUAUAGGUUUUACCGUACGAUUACUAGAUGUACCACAACAACAUGAUGAUAAUGAUAAUGAGGAGUAUGAUGAUCAUAAUAACACUUUAUAUAAUACUGAUAUGGCAUUCGAUACGAAGGUUGAUAAUAAUGAUUAUGAUGGCUCAAGAAAUAAUAUUAUGAAGUAUAGAAAUAGCGCCCCUAUUAUGAUGAUGAUGAACCCUGUUAUUAUUGCACGUCUUGGAUGGGAUCCAUUAGCUACUACUAUAGUAUUAUAUAGUCAUUAUGAUGUGAUAAUGAUAAGUGAAGGUAUGGAGGAAAGAGGUUCUACUGGUUUUCGAGAUGCUAUUAAAUGGGCUAUUAAUAAUAAUUGGAUAGGUCCUAAUGAGGUGUCUGCUGUUAUAUCUACUAAUAGCCAAUGGAUAUUAGAAGUACGUAAUCCUGCUCAAGAUCGUGAUAAUAAAGCUAUUCAUGCUGCAGCUAGAGCUAUCAACAUCAAUAAUAAUAAGACUGUACAUAAGGAGGAGGAGGAGGUGGAAGAAGAGGAAAAUGAUGCUCUUGAGGAUAUUUCUAACAGACUAAAACAUGCUCGUAAGCUUAUAAGUCUUGUUGAUAAGCAUAUUAAAGAUGAGUUCUAUAAGGUAGUACAAUGA